CUGAUGCAGCAACACCUCUGAGCGAAAUGUCGACGUGCCUCUAAUUAAUGGACACUUACAUUGAUCUCUGUCAAUCAUUCGGUGUGCCCCUCUGGGUGGGGCCGUUGCUCCACGCGGCCUCCAGGCUGAAGAAGACAGACCGGAUGAAACGAAGAAAAGUUUACCGUUUAAUCCAGCGUCAGUUACUGAACAACAGGGUCGGCUGCAGCACGAGUGGCAACCCCACUUAUGUGUACCCAACUGAGCUCAAAGAGAUGGUCCGAUCAGCCUUUCCAAAGGGCAUCUGUGACUAUGGCGACCCCUGUCACAAAAAUGUUGUUAACAUCACUAUGGAUGACUUGAAAAUGAUGGAUUGGCCAGUUAAACUGCAGUUGCAGUCUAUCUGAAUGGUUCAAAAUUGUGUUAUCAUAGUGUAAAAUUGUAAUAUGUUCAUAAAAUAAUAUAAGUUGUGCUUACUUAUGUUUAGUAACUUUAUAUAAAGCCUAUAUAAAACAGUUUGGUUUCCAUGAAUAGGCUUUUGUGAUAUUUUUCCUGCUUUGGUUAAUGUUAUUAUUAGGUUAUAAUUUAUUACCGUGAUGUGUGUAGAGUUUUACUUUAACUGCAAAACCCAGAAUUCAUCCUUGCGUCACAGGCUGUAAUGUGCAGGAGGAAAAAUGCAUAAACGUUUGGUUUUAGUAUUAUUUGUUAAGUGUUUAUGUUGUAAGUGUGUUUCCCUGAUGAACGACUGUGACAGUCCAGCAUUGACCUGCUGGACACCAUGACAACGUACACAACCUACACGGACACCUCAGCAGCGGAGUUAUAUUUCUAUUACUGAGUGUUUAGCACAAGGCAUAGGCUAAUUCAAGAAAAUGCCUCCAGAAGGGAAAUCUGACAUGGAGCGGAUUGGCAUCUUUAAAGAGAUGGGAUACAUCUCAAUAGGGGACAAAUAUACACCUUUUAUUUACCGCCCAUUUAAUGACUCCGCAUACAAGAACAAACAGAUGCUAAUAGGAGGAGCUAAAUCAAAGUCCGCGCUUCAGACGGGAUACUUCGACACACAGUUUAAGAGGAUCUUUGAGAGAGAGGCUUUCACAGACCCUGUCAAAAUAGACAGACAAUACAGGAUACAACAGGCCAAGAAGAACAUAGGCAAAGCCUUUGUUCCCAGUAACGGAGAGAAAAAAACAUGUGGGGUGGGCAGCUAUUAUGGGACAUUUGGAGGUCCCAUUCAAGCAAUGAGUACCCUACAGACUCCAAGGAAACCAAACAAACCAGCUGGGAAAAACUUCUACACUAAUCCACCCAAGAAGGGAAGUUAUGGCUAUCCUGACAUCACUCUCUCCAAGACGGUGUCCUAUUCCUCAGACCCCUAUGAUCGAGCCAAGGAAAUGCUAAAGCGUGAGAUCAUGUCACACAAAUCCAUGCUGAAAGGGGGAGCGUUUCGUUUGAACCUUCAUCCAAAUGAAUGCUUUGACAGCAAUCCUUACAAAUUUGACAAACCUCUACCACCUCCAAAGAAGACUGAGGAGAAAAAGCACUUUAUGGUGCCCUUUAAACCAAGUUCACCCAGUAAAAAGACUGGAGGUAUGAAAGCAGGAACAUUUGACUCCUACCCCAGUUACUCUGCAGAACCCUAUGGCACCAAAAAGACUAAAUCAGUGAUGACGAAUAAGGAAGGAAAGAUAUUUCACCCCUCCCCUGGUCCAAAGAGUACACCUGUCAAAAGCAUCAUCAGCCUCAAUGUCAAUAAGGCUGUGAACGCCACAAACUACAAUCGAAUCCCCUCUGUGAUGGCAUAUUGAGAACUUGUGAUGUCUUCAGGUGAAUAAAUGAGCAUGUUAUAUAUUGGGCUUUAGAUUAAAAAGCUCCUCUUUUGAAUUGUAUUUACAGGGUUCUCUUAAUUGAUAAAAACGGACUCAUUCACAUUUAGCUCAUUCUAAUUACUACCCCAGGAUAAAUACUUGUUUUCAUAGCAUCUAAAGAUGUGUAAUUGUACAAGUCAAGUUUAAGUCCUGUGCAUCAUUUUGUCAGUGAUACACUAAGCCAUGUGUUUAAGAUCACUUGAGUUAUUAAACAUUAAAUAUAUAUAUUUUGUAUUUAACCAGCAAA